CAAAGCUAACCGCCGCCGUGCUUCAAUUGUGUCCCAGCUAAACGUUUUUCUGUAUCGGUUCUGGUCUGUUUAAGCUCCGGUGUCGCUGUCUUCAUGUUGGCUCCACGGAGGAAAGGUCCGUGGAGCUACUGGGAAAUCGAAGCAACCGAGGACGACAAAAGUGCUGAAAGAAAUGCCCAAAUCUGAGCAAGAAACAGUGCAUACACCUGGCGAUGUCCAGGCUGCUGGCUCUCAAUACAAUGAAAAGAGAAACAAACCAAAGCCUCCUAAAGGUCUGCAAACCCUGGAGCUCAGAGCUAAUCAAAACUCACGGAUUUGUAGAAAUGCAAAUGAUUCAGAAGUGGCUCCCCUGGUGAAAGACUCUAAGCAGACGGACUUUACAGCUUACCUGCGAUUUGAUGAGCAUGGGAUGAUUCUUCCACACAGCAUCCUUGGCAGCUUGGAUGAUUUUCGAAGUUAUUUGGAAAGAAAAGGGGAGACAGAUUUGUUAAAGAAAAUCCCAAAGACUUUGUGGGAUCCUACAUCUGAGGCACCGAGGCCUUCCAGAGACACAAUAGGAAGAGGGAGGGUUUUAGACCAGAGAAGCACCCAGAGUAAUGCCCUGCAGCGAUGGGAUGAACACAUGACCUAUACCAGACGGAAGCAGGAAGAGUUAUCUCACUCCCUCAACAGGCCAGUGGAAACCCUGCUGAUGAAUCAAGCCAAACACUUCAGAGAAACUCAGGAGCAAAAGGAACAUCUAAACCGAGUCAUGCAAUUCACCCACUCUGGAUAUGGUUACCACCAGGGCAGUGAGUUUUGGAGUCUCCCACAGCAUUACAGUGAUGAACUGAGUGGUAUUAGAGACACGCUGACUCAGACUGAAAGAGGCCAAAAGAAACCCAUCACAUAUGUUGGACAUCCAAAUAGCAUUCAAAUGGAAAUGGGAAUCCUUUCUAGUGAGACUGAGCGCCCAGCUUCUCGAUCUUGGGCUCAGAGUGCCUACUUGGAAGAAAAGUCCCAUGAGCUUCGAGACAUUCUGAAGGACAUGGACAUCAGGAAACCAGAUUUCAGCGAACUAGAGGUGAUUGGUACCAGAAUCCCUUUAAGCUCUUUGUCAGAGCCUCAAAGUCUACUACUGCAGAAGGAGGAAGAGAAGAAGAAAGAAAAUGAGAUGACUAAGGAACAAUUGGAAACACUAGCAGAAACAGAUGAUGUUCCCUUUAAGGCUUUGCCUGGUCCCGCCUUGAGGAUUCGUGAUCAGCUUGCAAGAUGGACUGGAAAUCAAACAUUCCACGAGGGAGAAGUCGGAAUCAGCACCUGUGUGGUUUUUGAAAGCCAGACUGGACAAGUUGUCUCAACCAACCUGGAGCUGCAAAAUGAAGGAAGUGUGAUCCUUCCCAGUGAAACCCAGAGGGUUGAGUUUAUAUUUAAGUCAGAGGAGCCAGGUUACUGGACUGAACUUUGGCAACUCAACACCCAUCCGUUGUUGUUGCAAGGAGCCUCAAUUCAGGUUCGGUUGAGUGGAACGGCCAUCCACGUGGAAGAAACUGCAGAUCUGAGAUGCUUUAUAGAGAAGAAGCUGGAAAAUGCUGUUGUGGAAAAACAGCUCCGAUCGAUUGUACAAGAUAUAGUCGAGGGAGUCCAAACCCCUAAAAGGCCCAGCUCACCUGCAGAGCUUUACAUCACUGAACAACAGCUGUUCAACAACAAAAACCCCAAGGCUGUGUUGUCUCUGCCUGAUGGAGAGCCUAUCAAAGAAGACUCUUUGCAUCCGCAACUUUCUGAACCACUUGAUGUAAACCACCAUCUUCUCACAACUGCCAUUACAGUGCGGCCACUGUGGACGAAACUUCUGGACUCAAUGGCUGAUGAAGCCAUGAGGCUGAAAGAUGGGAUGGGCCUUCCAGAGAAAGAAACUUGGGAUGACAUGGCUACUCAGUCACCCACAGACGACAAGAUUCACGACAAGCUGGAACCCACUGCCAAAGAGGACAAGAGUGGCUCAAAGUCCAAAGACACCCGCAAAUCAAAGGGCUGGUCACCAACAGCUGGCAGGUUAUUGGAGGAGGAGAGAAAAGAGCAAGGAAAGCACCCAGAUUCUGUGGCUGAUAUCAGUUCAAAGAGAACCAUGCAAAUCCAGAGUGUUGAUUCAGAGACAAUCCUUACCUACAAAACAAUCCUGCAUAAGAAGGUUUAUGCCUUGGUGGAAGACUUUCUGGAUAAUCUGUGUGACCUAAUGGACGACCGUGAUCUACAGAGUGAAAACUGUUGCGCCUAAAAUGGUGGCAAAAAAUGUUUUAUGUUUGUUUUUGUUAAGUGAAUAAAGUGUGUUUACUCAAAACGACUCUAUG